CAAUAAUUUGUCUCAAAGUGAAAUAAAAAUGAAUUCACAAAUAACAAAAACUAAAUUCUCAAACAAACUAUUUACAACAUCUGUUUACACUUUGAUAUUAUUAUUUUUGUGGUCUUGAGACAAUUUAUGCAUUUUUAACAGGAAAGAGAAAUUUCUACAGUUAUUAUACCCAUCUCCACUGAACAGAUUGGACCAGUCACCUAAGAUUGGACAACAAAAGAAACUACACUAUCAUUUUUUACACUGUACACUAGCCACGAUCAGCUAAUAUUUUCACCGUUUUUCUUAUUAAUGAAGUAGUUGCUGGAUGUGAAUUGACGGUCAUCGCUGUUACUGGGAAAGUCAAAUCUUUGAUUUGAACUGGCCCUCUCCUAUACGCUCACAACGCUCUUGUCUGAUAAAUGUUUUGGCCAGAAGUAGGAUCGUCCCUCAAUAAAACAGUGCGUCUGUGUGCUGGUCGCGUGCUGAUCUUGGGCUGCACUCACUGGCACAUUGUCAUUUUGCGGGGCCGGGUAGAAAACCCACCCGUGUGUGGCGGGAGAGAGGCCGAUGCUGCUGUGGGAGCAGCAUCAGCGGAGUUUGUGUGAAAAAAGAAGAGACUUUUGGAAGUUUGGCCAAAUUCUUUUUUCUCUCUUAUUUUUUCGGCUCCGCUGGGGUAUUUGCGUUUCAUUAUAUACUUAAUCUGCCGCUGGCAAAUUUUCUCUCGCUCUUCUAAUUUCUAACCGUCUCUAACCUCUAACGUUCACCCCUCGUUAACUAAUGUUAGUUAUUUAUGUUUCCUCCAGCAAAAUGAAAGCACUUCACUCCAAUGACGUCAUACUUUAGAACACGAUCAUGAUGGUGUUGUAGCGCACAGAAAUGUGUCAUUCAUGAUGAUGUGCUGUUUUAUGUUUCUGCACCUAAGUUACAGAGAGCUGACGGUAGGUUUGAGCGCCCCGGAAAGACGACGGGCAGAUAGACUUACUGUAGUUCAGCCUGUGUGUGUUAUUCAUUAUUCUGAGUCAUGAGGAAACAAAAGUGUACCGAGAAGCUCUUUGUCGUUUUUCAGACUCUUCAGUAUUUGUAUUAUUAAUUUAAAACAUAUUGUGGAUGUAAUAGAUGAUCACGCAGUCAUGCACAGGAGUGACAGAGCGCGUGCUAAUCAGAAUGAAUGAAAGGGAAACAUAUCAAGUUAUUCCUACUAAAUAAUGAUUCCGCAGUUGAUUGUGACAUUUAUUAUGUGGAUUUGUGGCUGUUGUUGUCACUUUGAAUUAUAAAUGUUGCAGAUUGACCGGUUAAUGUGAUAUAUAUAUAUCCUCAUUGGAGGCUGAGCCCCCCAAUAUUGAAAACCUAGAAUCGCCCUGUAUACAGGUAUGAAAUGACACGAGUAAAUGUGAGUAAAUGAUGACAGAAUUUUCAUUUUUGGAUGAACUAUCACUUUAAGAUGCUUUGUGGCAGACGGACGUUUGUUUCCGGGCAGUGGAGUCACGUGAUGGUGUAAUAUGGCGGAAGCGCUAGUGAAAGAGUGCGUCUUUUAACGCUGUCGUGUUUUCUCUCUCGCUCCAAUAGUUUAUGAUGGAUGUUCAGGGCUGUGUGGUGUUCAGCGCGGCGGUUCUGAUCCGGUUAUUGUUGUUGUGUUUCGGUGUUUAUCAGGAUCAGAAUCUGCAGGUGAAAUACACUGAUGUGGAUUAUCACGUGUUCACUGACGCCUCGAAAUUCAUCACACAGGGUGAUAGUCCGUACAACAGAUCCACGUUCCGCUACACGCCGCUGCUGGCCCUCAUGCUGACCCCAAACAUCCUCGUGAGCUCUUACUUCGGUAAGCUUCUGUUCGUGGGCUGUGAUGUCCUGUGUGGACUGCUCAUCUUCAGACUGUCGUCUCUUCGUGGGGUGUCCCGGAGCUCCGCGUGGGUUUACUGCGGACUGUGGCUGUUUAACCCGCUGCCGAUCGGUGUGUCCACGCGUGGAAACGCAGAAUCUCUGCUGGCGGUUCUGGUUCUGUCCACGCUCUGGUGUCUGGAGUGCGAGAGACUGCCGUCCGCCGCUCUUCUGUUCGGCUUAUCCGUCCACAUGAAGAUCUACCCGGUCACUUAUGCGCUGCCCAUCGCUCUGUCUCUGUGGAAACCCGCGUCCCGGGACCGCGGCGUCAUGCGCAACGUUCUCGCGUGCUUUAGCGGUGAUUUGCUCCUGUUUGCUGCUGUUUCCGGAUCGUUGUUCUUCGCUCUAAAUGUGACUUUCUACAGCAUUUACGGCUGGGAUUUCGUGCACGAGUCGUAUCUGUACCACGUGACCCGCAGAGACACACGUCAUAACUUCUCUCCGUAUUUCUACAUGUUGUACGUGACGUCAGAGCGCAGCUGGAGCGGCUGUCUCGCGCUGCUCUGUUUCCUGCCGCAGCUUCUGCUGCUGCUCGUUUCGUCGCUGAUGUUUCACUCGGAUCUUCCCUUCUGCUGUUUCCUUCACACCGCAGUGUUUGUCAGCUUCAACAAAGUGUGCACAUCACAGUAUUUUCUGUGGUAUCUGUGUUUGCUGCCGCUGGUUUUGCCGCGUUUGACCUUCAGCGUGAGACGAGGCUUCGGGCUUCUGCUCUUGUGGUUUGUGGGACAGGCUCUGUGGUUGGCUCCAGCGUAUUAUUUGGAGUUCGAGGGCUGGAACGCUUUCGCUCUCGUUUGGAUCGCCGGUCUGAUGUUUCUCCUCAUCAACUCUCUCAUUCUGGCUCAGAUCAUCUCCCAUUACAGACCUGUAGACGUGCAGCAAAAGAAAACCAACUGAAAGUGUCAGAAAAUGAUUGUGUAUCACGUCGGAUAAAGAAUACACGUGACGUGAAGCGUACAGCGAUGGCAUGUUCUCGUGGUUUGUGUCGAUACCUCAGAAGAGCAGCAGAUGUCGCUCACAGUUAAAAUGGCCCCAAUUAUCAUCAUCUCAUGUUUGUUGGGUGAAUGAUUGUUUCAGGGGUGUUUAUGAACAGUCAGUUUGCUUUA